AAACUCCAUCCAAGCACCCRCGGGUGCCGCUCCCGACGGAUCCGGGUGCCCAGCCGAGGAGCUGGGAUUGUGCUGACGAAGGAUGAAAACCUGGAUUUGUGAUUUGGGGCAGAAACUGGAGAUUUUCACCCCAUUCCUGGGCCGGUGCCGCCCCGUGGUGGGGCGCUGCUGCCAGACGUGCGCCCCGCGGAGCUGGGAUUGCUUCUACCAGGAGCAGUUCUCCUCCCUCGGCUUCCGCAACGUGCUCCAGGUGACCGAGGAAGACACCAGGUACCGGGGCUGGCUGGUGCGGCGGCUCUGCGGCGUGCUCGCCGUCUGCGGCUGGAAGGUGGGCGCCGCGGCGCCGGGGGACCUCGCCGAGCGGGUCUGCCGCAGCCGCAGGGUGCAGGACGUCGCCGGAGCCCCGCUGCGGCGCAGGGACGGAGCGCUCCGCAUCCUCGCCCAGAUUCAGGCCCCGCUCUCGCGUUUCCUGCUGAGGCUCUGCGCCUGGGCCCUGCUGCGCCUGCUGGGCCGCCUCUUCCGCAGCGUGCAGCUGCACCGCGGGCAGCUGGAGACGGUGCUGAGGGCGGCGCGCGCGCCCGGCCCGCCGCUCGUCUUCCUCUCCGUGCACAAGUCGCGCCUGGACGGGCUGCUGCUCUCCCUGCUGCUCUUCUCCCGGGGCCUGGGGGUGCCCAGGGUGACCGUGAGCGGCUCGGCCUGCAGCCCGCGCCUCCGGGCCCUGCUGCGCCGCCUGGGCGCCGUGUUCCUGCCGAGCGCGCCGGAGCGGGAGCUGGCGGCGGCCGUGCUCACUGCGUUCGUGGCGGAGGUGCUGAGGAGCCGGCAGCCGCUGCUCGUCUUCCUGGAGGAGCCGGGCGCCCGCAGCCUGCAGCCGUCGGCCGCGGCGCGCGCCUGGCUGGCGCCCGUGCUGCGCCUCUGCCAGCCCGCCGGCGCCCCCGACUUCCUGCUGCUCCUGUGCCGCCUGCUGAGCCCGGUGCUGCGGAGCUACGCGCGGGCAGCCGCCUUCCUGGAGCAGCCGCGCUGGCCCCGGCCAGAGCCCGAGUACGCGGCCGCGCUGCAGCGGUUCCUGGCCGAGGACGGAGCCGCGGACCCCGCGUGCCCCGCGCUGGCGCUGAGCUCGCUGCACACCUUCAAGGAGCUGGGGGUACUGAAGGCUGCGGCCGGCCCCGCGGGGCCCCUCCUGGAGCUGGGCCCCGCGUUCCGCACCCGGGAGAACCGCCGCAAGCUCCAGCUCUUCAUCCAGCAGUUCCUGGAGCCGUGA